UCUUCAGUACUUCUACUAGUCCUGCAAGAUUUUUUCUCUUCUUGAUGGGAGAAAAUGAAAAAGAUGCAUCACAAAUGAUCUCAAUCGCCAAUCUAAACCACCAUGAUCAGAUCAAUGUUUGCUCAAAGUGUUGAGCUGCUCAACUAAGAACCCUAAUAUAGAAAGCACUAGCAGAUCAGAGAUGGGGAGAGGGAAGAUCGCCAUUCAAAGGAUCGAUAAUUCAACGAGUAGACAAGUUACUUUCUCCAAGCGUAGAAAAGGAUUGAUAAAAAAGGCAAAGGAGCUAGCAAUCCUGUGUGAUGCUGAAGUUAGCGUUGUAAUCUUCUCCAGCACUGGGAAACUAUAUGAGUUUUCAAGCACCAGCAUCAAAGCAGUAACUGAAAGAUAUAACAAAACAAAGGGGGAACAUCAGCAACUGCAGAAUCCAGCAUCAGAAGUCAAGUUCUGGCAAAGGGAGGUAGCAAUCUUAAGGCAAGAACUGCAGAACUUGCAAGUAAACCAACGGCAUAUGAUGGGACAACAACUUUAUGCUUUGGGUGUCAAAGACCUACAAAAUCUGGAGAAUCAACUAGAAAUGAGUCUGCAAGGUGUACGACUCACGAAGGAACAAGUCCUAACUGAUGAAAUACAAGAACUAAGCCGAAAGGGCAAUCUUGUCCAUCAGGAAAAUAUGGAACUCUAUAAGAGGGUAAACCUUGUACGCCAAGAAAACAUGGAAUUAUGCAAUAAGGUUUACAGCACCAGGCACAUGAAUGCUGCAAGCAUAAGUUCUUUCAUCCCAUAUGGAACUAACCCCAGAGGCGACUUGGAUGUCCCUUUCCAUCUUCAGCUAUGCCUGCCCGAGCAACAAAAUUAUGAGCCACCAACAAGAGAAACAAAGUAAAAAGAGAGUACGUCCAUAUCAAAAAACUGUGAGCUGAGGAUUUUGGACAAAUGUUAUUCAACUUACUCUUAGCAAAUAACAAAGCGCUUCUUGGUGUGAAUGAGCUAGAUAAAAUCCCAUCAGCAUUAUGAAUGAUUCUUGUGAUAUUAAGUUUGUGAAAUAAACUACAAAUCCAGUUAACAAUAUAUUGUUGAAAUAAUUAAGCUAUUGUACUAUGUAAAUUAAACGAAUCGGACAAGAUCUGAAUACAGGCUUUUGGGAACAUAAUGUUUUAUUGGCUCCGAGAAGAAAUUUAUUUUUUCACUAGUAACUCUGUAAAGAAACUUUGGACAAUAAAAAUCACGUUUUUAUUAUU